AUGACAAUCAAGUUUGCGGGCAUACGUGUACUCCUCCUGGCUCUCCUGGUCGUCUACGGAGCACGUUGUGAUCUACUGGAAUAUGGCGACGAAGAUGAGGAAGAUCAGCACGAUACCGCUGUCAAUCAGCUGUUGGUCCCCAGGUCGCACCAAGCAGACGCUACGAAUAUUCUCAACAAUCUGCUCAAGCAAUACGACAAGACGCUGCGCCCCGACAUAGGAGUGAAGCCAACCGUGAUCGACGUGGGCAUCUACGUGAACAGCAUCGGCCCGGUCUCCUCCAUCGAUAUGGAGUACCAGAUCGAUAUCAUCUUCGCUCAGACCUGGGUGGACACCAGACUUCGGUACAACAGCAGCAGCAUGAGGCUCCUCACACUCAACAGCAAUAUGGUGGGGCUCAUUUGGCUGCCGGACACGAUAUUCAGGAAUUCGAAAACGGCGGAUUCUCAUUGGAUAACGACGCCCAAUCAGCUGCUUCGGAUUUGGAACAAUGGGAAGAUACUCUACACGCUCAGGAUGACCAUCAACGCCGAAUGUCAGCUCCAGCUCCAUAAUUUCCCAAUGGACGAACACUCUUGUCCUCUAGUCUUCUCCAGCUACGGCUACCCACGAGACGAGAUUAUUUACAAGUGGAAGAGGAACUCAGUGGAGACGUCGGAUCAGAAGUACUGGAGGCUGUACCAGUUUGACUUCAUGGGCCUGAGAAACACCACGGACGUGCUCUCCACUACAUCAGGAGACUACGUGCUGAUGACCGUGUACUUUGACCUGAGCAGGAGAAUGGGCUAUUUCACCAUUCAGACGUACAUCCCCUGUAUCCUCACUGUGGUCCUGUCCUGGGUCUCCUUCUGGAUCAAGAGCGACGCCACACCAGCCAGAACUGCUCUAGGUAUCACCACGGUGCUCACCAUGACGACGCUGAGCACGGUGGCGAGGAACUCCCUCCCUCGCGUCUCCUACGUGACGGCGAUGGACCUCUUCGUGACCGUCUGCUUCCUGUUCGUGUUCGCCGCCAUGAUCGAGUACGCCAUGCUCAACUACUACUCCUACAACCACCGACCGCCGCCGCGCAUGCAGAGGAUGGCCUACUCCUCGUUCAACAUGAGCCGCGCGCCCCGGACCAUGAUGCCGAUGGGCAACUCCCUCUUUUGGCACGACUACGAAGACAACUGCUUUUACGAAUGUUUGGACGGCAAGGACUGCAAGAGCUUCUUCUGCUGCUACGAGGAGUGCAAAGAGGGCGGCUGGAGGAGGGGCCGAAUCCACGUCAACAUCCGCGAGCUGGAUUCUUACUCCCGCGUUUUCUUUCCCACCUCUUUCCUGCUCUUUAACAUUGUCUACUGGGUCAGCUACCUCUACCUCUAG